AGUGCGCGUGCGUUCUGAUAUCGUCGUCUGCAAGUAUACCACGCGUCUUGGCAAGGCUCACUCACGAAGUGCACGCGCCUGUGUCUCACUCACGGAAGAUGAAGUGUCGAGCGGAGUGAAUCCUCUUCCCUGGUGGACACUGCAUUUAUAACUUCCUUCCUUCCUGAGUCUCGAGCAGAAGGUGACAGUAGCUGUGACAAACGAAGAUCUGAGUGUGCAGUGUGGUACCUCAUGUGAAAAAGUGGGGCGCGGGGGGGGUGUCGUUUGGAACAUGCCGCCCCUACCGCCGCCAUCCCCUGGGAUAGUGCGUGUGCAACUUCGGUGUUUCAGUUCUCGUCCAAGUGCGCUGCGUUUGCCGGCUGUGGGUGACAUCGCUCGGUGAAGGAGUCUCGUUGGGUCACCAGUUUGUCAUCAUCACUUUCUAGGAAGGUUGUCCCCAAAGUCAUCAGCCCUGCUCAGCCGCUCCGACCCGUUCGCUGCUGAAUGCCGACAGGAAGAUGAUCGCAUGAUGGACCAUGAGGGUGACUCUGAGGCCGCCAUCAACCUUUCAACUAGUCAGGCGGCUGCACGGCCUCCAAACACCACCCCCACUACGAAUGGCGUCGUCCACGACGACUUGGCGGACAACCAGAGCCCUGUGGCGGCGUCGAAGGCGCAACCGUCCCUUCAGGCCGGGGGCGGUCGUGCCUGGGAGAAAGGGGAUCUGUCUCCGCUGCUGAUGAUGAACACACUCGCCCAGCAGCAGAUGCAGCAGAUCCUACAGCACCAAGUGCUCUCGCCUUCCCAGCUACAACAGAUCCUCACCACACAGCAGCAAACCUUCCUCUUCCAACAGCAGCAACACCAACAGCAGCAGCAACACCAGAAACAGCUGGAGACGGUGAUCCCUCAACUGCAGGAGCAGCUCCAGUUCAUCAUGGUGCAGCAGAGCCAAGUGCUCCAGCAGCUGAACGGCAUGAACAAUAGCAGCGGUGCUGCUAUCGCCUCCGCGGACAAGAACAAGCCGGGACGACAGCAGCUGCAGCUGCAGUUGCAGCAGCUUGCCCUUCAGCAGCACCAGAUCAUGCAGCAGCUUCAGCUAUCGCACAGGCAGUACCUCCUCGGCCUCCCUCCCUUUCUCCUACCGCAAGCCAUGAACACGGACUUGCAGUCUCUCUGGAAGGAGGGUGGGCAAGUCUUGGACGACGGCCCCCUAAAAGCUGCGGGCCUCAACGGCCUACUGACGGGCUCCACGGGAACCGGCUCGAACCUCAGCAACGUUGGCGGUGCCCUGAGCAGUCGGCAGUCGCCGACGCUGCCGAGCGUGUCUCCGGCGCUCCAGCAGCAGCUCCAGCAGCCCCAGCAGCAACGAAUGGUGAACGGCGGAGUGUCCAACAACCAUAUCCAACAACAGCAACACGCGCUGCCCUCGGGAGGAGGUCUUCCGUCUCACGGGGGCAGCGUAGAAGGGGGAGGCUCGGCGUCGUCAUCACCGUCCACGUUCCAGCAGCACGCGGGGAAGGAGGAGAAGUCUUCCAGUGCCAGUAGCCAUGCCUUGUACGGCCACGGUGUCUGCAAGUGGCCAGGCUGCGAUGCUGAAUGCGAGGAUUACCAGGCGUUCUUAAGACACCUGAACACCGAACAUCAGCUGGAUGACCGAAGUACAGCACAGGCCAGAGUCCAGAUGCAAGUAGUUUCUCAACUGGAGCUGCAGCUUGACAAAGAGCGAGACAGGCUCCAGUCAAUGAUGGCCCAUCUUCAUAUGAAACCUCCCAAUGGAAGUUCCUCUGGAUCUGGAAACAAAGACCUGAUGCUGACUUCGACCCCCAAGCCAGCAGCGUCCUCCCCUCAGGCCCUGCCAGUGAUGUCCAUCAGUCCAAGCCCUCCCCCUCUGACCAUGACGACGGUGUCCAGUGCGCUGGUGCCCAGUAGGCUCCUGGCACUUCCAGCGUCGAAUCAGUCAGGCGGAGGUGGCUCGGGGCCCAUUCGGCGGAGGCUGAGUGAUAAGGGCGUUUCUCCGCUCUCAGGCAUAGAUGUACCGUCAUUACCUGAUUCCUCCAUUCGGCGGAGGGUCGCGGAGAGAGCUAACUUGGACAUUACGGAAGAAAUCCAGCGAAAUCGCGAGUUUUACAAGUCCGCAGAUGUUCGGCCUCCAUUCACGUACGCCUCUCUCAUUCGGCAGGCUAUAAUCGAAUCUCCUGAUAAACAGCUAACGCUGAAUGAGAUAUACAACUGGUUCCAGAAUACUUUCUGCUACUUCCGUAGGAAUGCUGCAACUUGGAAGAAUGCGGUGAGACACAACCUAAGCCUACACAAAUGUUUUAUGCGUGUUGAGAACGUUAAGGGGGCUGUAUGGACUGUGGACGAAAUAGAAUUCUACAAGCGUAGACCCCAGCGCCUCCAAGAUCGGAUAGCAGGGGGUUUACCGGUGCCUUCACAGCAAGUUGGACAAAGGUCAGUUCGUAGUCCAACGCUCCAGCAAAGUCCGGGUCUCUACGGAGAUUCCCUCAAUGCUUCAUUGCAAGCGGUGGACGUGCAGGCGGCUCUGGCAGAGAGCAACCUGUCAUUCCUCAGUGCAGCAAUGUCUGGAGCAUCAGGCAGUGCACCUAUUGCUAGUGUGGCCAGCAUCAUGCCCAGCCCACGACCUCCCAGUGCUGGAAACACUUCUCUCGGCAACAUGGCCUCCAUCAAUGAAGCUGAGAGAUUUGUCAUCAGUAUGGUGGGCCAGGGUCUACCGGGGGAGAGGCUAACCAGUUUCCCCUGGCCUCACUACAGCAAUGGCGUCCACAUCAAGCAGGAGCCAGAAGUAGAGGAGCCAAGUAGUGACAUGGAAGACAACAUGGACACAUCCCACCCCUUGGCCAUUGCUGCCUCCACCAAUGAAGAGGAGUCCACAGAAACCCGUCCACCAUCAGGAGGAGGCGACCACGUCGGCCAGCAGGGAAGUCACAGUGGGAACAACAACAGCAGCAGCACAGCCAAGGACUGCGAAGACGAAGAAGAGGCCGAGGACUUGUCGCUCUCGUCGUCGACGACGACGCCCUCCGAGACUCCAGUCAGUGUGUCGUCGUGUCCUCCUUAGGCCUAGCGCAGGACUUCCUCCCCCUCCUCGCGCGGGGGGCAGAACGAGGGUCGGGAAUUUCAUUUCGGUCCGCAGCCGAACAACGUCACCAUACCUCAACGCAAUUACCUCAAAGGAUGGCGGGGAAGGGAUAUUUUGCAAAAAAAAAAAAAAAAAAGAAACACUCGGACAGACGGGGCGAACUCGGUCUUCCGUCCCCCUGACGUCCGCUUUCCUGAAGUACGGUUCCUCUUAGAUAUAUUCGUUACUGCUAUCGUGUUUCAUAAGUACAGUUUUAAACGAGCGAGUUGGGUCGUCGUGUUGAGGCCUCGUGUUUUUUAUGUAAAGAGUAAAAAAAAGACGAGGCAAGCAGAUUUCGAGAGAAAGUGGUAAGCACUACAACCAUGUUCCUGUCAGCAUAUCGCCUCGCUGCGAGGCAUUGUAGACGUAGUGUGAGUGGGAAAGCGCAAAAAAAAAAAAAAGUUACUAUACACAUACUCGUUUCGUGUGGAAGAACCAAGUGUCAGAGUCUCUCCUUACCUAGCGGGAAAAAAAAAAAAAACCCUAGUUGGUAGAGGUAAACACUCUCAGUAGGAAUCGUACCGUAUAUCUUCUUACGAUACCAUCUCGUCCGACAUGAUGGGUGAUCGGAGUGCAAGGGUUGAGGCCCCUCGUCCCCCCCCACCCCCUUUUUAGGUGAAAUAUCCCCCUUCCUUGUUCUUGCGUUGUGCGGCGUUCUCCGAAUGAUCUCUCUGUUGGUUCGAUCGUUCCAGCAUCUAUUUUUUAGGACUCUGUUUCGAAGUACGGCGACGGAAGUUACUCUGUGUUCUCCCGGUUAUUACGUUUCUGCGAUCACGUGAGAGACUCAUGCACGCAAAUGGACGAAAAUGGACGUCUCCCGUUUUUGUGAACUCAGUUUCGGCAGAGGAACAGGACAGUUUGUGUUUCUUCUUUGUUUGCCCCUUUUUCUUUCUUUCUUUCGACCCGAUUUUUUCGUAAGUGGCCAGCACGCCUUUCGGAAAGCCAUCAUCGUCUGUGACGCCGUCAUCACCCGUCAGCAUUCCUGGUGAUAUCAUGUCAAGCGUAGGAUCUUCUAAUGUGGGCUGCCGCUCGUUCAGCUUCAGUUCCGGCCUCAUUUUAUGCAUUUGGACUUUGUGUAACUCUUUUGUUACCAUUUUCCCUGUUCUUUUAUUACCUGUUCUUUCUCUGCUCUGUUUAACAGUGACCAGUCAUUAUGUUUUGUGUGUUAUAUGCUUCUGUUGAUGCCUUGACAAAGGGCAAAUGACCUGUUCUUUCAUUCAGGGAUGCAAAGCCCCGAUUUAGUGCCGUAUUAAAAGGCAACAUUUCAGGGUCAAGGGGGACCAGAUUCAUAAAGUACUAUAAAAUUUUUCAGGCACUGUGGAACAAGAACCACAACCACGAUGCUUUUUAAAACCUAGUAGCUACAGUCCAACAUUUUAAAUGGUUUUGAGUUUCAAAUCAGUUUUCACCAUUUUGUGAAAGUUCAGUAUUCUCUCAAAAGUAGGGAAAAGUGAAGAAUUAAAAAUCCUCCAUUCCAAUAAAAAAAAAAAAUACAGAAGACAACUGGAACAGGGUGGGAACAAAAAUCAAUUAACACGUCAAUGACAAAUGGAAACAAAUUCAAAAUUUGGGGAAACUCUGGGCUGUAGUACUGCAUACCAAAGCUGAAACUCCUACUAUUCGUUCUGCGUUGCAUCCCUGCUUCCAUUCAGGUGUGUUUACUUUCUGAACCCUGACCAUUGCGCUCUAUCAAUACUCUCACAUUUUCCUCUGAAUAUUUUUUAUGCCUAUAAGCUUUGUAUUUUCUUUUUUUUCUGUUGUGAAUUACUGAGACUGGUAUUGAAGGUAUUUAUUGAGGAAUGUACAUAGAGAACAUUGUCAAACGCCGGCCGUCUGUAAGAUUUUGUAUCUUGCUUUCAUUUUGUGUUCCAGUUCCAGUCAUCACCAUAAUUAUUAUUGUCACCUUUACGCCAUGAAUACCUGCCAGUGUUGAAAUAUUCAUCUUCAUUUUCACAUGUAUUUUAUUUCUCUGUGACCUUGUCCAUGUCGUAAAAUCUUGAGAUAAGAUAAAAGAAAGGUUAAGAUACAACACUGUUCCAUCUCUUCCUAGGUUUUCAAGGGGGAAUUUAGCUGAGCAUGUUGCCAUAGUAACCAAACAUAUCAAUUAUGUCCAUGUUUCAUAGAAGUGACGUGCACUGAAUCCAUUGAGAAGCCACUGAUCCACAUAUCCUGUUGUCAGUUUUGACACAGUUUUUUUUUGUUUUUUUUACGUCCUUAUAUCUGGUAUUGCACAAAACACAUUUUCGGAUGCAAGCAAUUACUGGUGUCACGAAUACGCAGAUGCAGGGUAAAAUAGGUAGCUUUCAUGUUUCUUUGAAAGUUCAGUAGCUAUUGAACUAUUUCUGAGAAAUCCAAGAAUGCAGUAACCUAACUAUAUAAGUUGUGCUUUUCUUACAGUAUUAUGCUGCAUUUGUGACAGUAGUAUACCUAUUAGCCUUGAAACCACAUGUUACACUUCAGUCGUGACCAGUCAUAAUCUGUACUUAAGUUAACUCAGUCACUCAAUGCAUUCAAAUUAUAGUAAUAUUUGGAAAGCAUUCUGUUAGUCUCUGAAGGAAAUGACAAAAAAGGCUUUGUGUCGUUGAAGCACACUUAAAUUACAGCUGUCACUUUGAAUGGCUCUUUCAUAAAUGAAUAUCGUUGCAUACUGAGACAGGAACUUUUACCACCCAUGAGGGUUAAGUGUGACCUGGAGUGGUUCGUAGGUUUAUUUGUUGUGAGCAAGGCUUAUCGUGAAUGAAACAAAGUUCCUCUAAAUGUGGAAGCUGAUACAGAGGCUGUAUCAGUUUGAUAUCAGUUGAUAGUGACACUAUUCUCAGAACCAUCAGUCCAUGCAUAUAUACUACUGCUUUCUGUCGUGUACAUACAUGUAAAGGCUUCAUGAAAUAGUAUUACCGUACAAAGAGUCAUGACAUACCGGUGUGCCAUUUCGUUACUAUUAUCCUCAUGUACUAUUCUACAGCAUAUUUAGUAUAUAAAUCAAAUGCAAAAGAAUGAAUAGUUACUGAUAUGCAUUUCUUGUAUUUGUUAUAGUAUUUCCCUCACUUUGAAAGUUCCUAAGGUGAACUAACAGGCUGCCUGUCCCAUAGUUGAUUUGCCGAACAUGCUUUUAACAUAGGAUGUCCAAGGACGUCCAUAGGACGUCCAAGUAGGGCACAAAAUGCAGAAAUGUGCAGCGUGGCUCAUACUCAUUCAGAGAUGUUGCAAGCAGCUUAUUCUGUGAAAAAACAUUAUUUAGACAGAGAAAAUUGAAAAAAAAAAUUUUUGCAAAAGAAUACUACAAACUAACACAGUUAGGCAUACACUAACUGCAUGGAGGAUUGAUAGCAUAUAAAUGCACUUGCACACAGUCAUUGCAUUUCAGUUACAUAUAUUGCAGACGUCCCAAGUGGUCAGAAAACAUUGUUUCAUGCAAUCAUUCAUCUAAAGAAUAUUUUCUCAGGUGAAGACAGCGUGAACCAUAUGUAGUUUGUUCAAAAUACUCAAGUCGCGUUGGCAUACAGAUUACCAAACGAGGUUUCUGAUCUGCAAGACUAAUGAUCCAGCCUGCUAGAUGGUCCACACAGCUAGCUGUUUUCAUUCGUCCCAUACGGUUCUUUUUCUGUACUCGGUGUAGUAUUUUUCCCUUCUGUGGCUUCUUGAUCUUGGAUGUGUGUACAAACCUUUUACAAAAUUCCACCAGCAGUGCAGUGACAUUGAAGUCCGUUCAGUUUUAUCUCGAGAAAGAGUGGAGGAAGGGAGGGAAACGGAUUCACCUCACAGCAAUAAAACAAAGGACGAGAGACAAACUGAACCGUAGAAAAAGAAAAUGCAGUGUUUCGUCUCUGUUUUGUGUACAUCCACACUUAGUCAGCGUGGACCAAGAUUACAAUAAAAAAAAGUGAUUAUA